UUCCAACGGUCACAUUUUCUCAUUUCCUCUCUUUUAUUGCCCAAAAACCUCCGUGCCUCUCUAUUUAUCAUCUCUCCCUCUUCCAUUCUCCUUCCACUCCACCGUCAUUUGUGAAAACCAGAACAGCAAUUUACACUUUCUUCUGCUGCAUUGUUUCCGUCAAAUUCAAAAUGAUGAUCCAUCGAAGAAGCAAUGUUGUUUUUGCUGUUAUUGCUUUAACCAUUUCUACUUCUUUCAUUGUACAAGCAUCCAAUGCCCCUGCACCUUCUCCAUCAUCGACAGCAACGAAAUCGCCGCCGCCACUUUCUGCUUCUUCUCCUACUAAAUCUCCAACGUCUUCUCCUCCACCAAGUUCUGCUCCAUUAACAUCUCCACCCACCAGUUCUCCAUUGACAUCACCAUCGAGAUCACCCACACAAUCUCCCACUUCAUCAAUCACUCCCGCAACGCCGCCACCCACUGCCACUGCCCCAUCUCCAUCAAUCACUCCUACAACACCACCACCCACUGCCACUGCCCCAUCUCCAAGUGGGUCCCCCCCGGUUCUACCCCCAGCUUCCCUCCCGCCCUCUGUUUCUUCCGCUCCUGCGAUCGCUCCUAUUUUGGGUCCCGUUUCCAGCCCGCCCAUUCCGGAACCUCCGGUUACUGCUACUUCACCGGAGAUUCCGCCUAGUAUUCCUUCCAGUUCAGCAACUCCAACAGAUGCUCCUAUGGUUUUCCCUUCUACUAGCAGUCCCCCUAGCCCUACUCCGGCGAGUUUGUCACCGGAAACUGCUGAAAGUCCGGUUAAUGAUGAUUCGGGCACUGGAUCUCUGUAUGAUAGUCGGGUCAUUUUGAGCGGGUUGUUGGGUAUUGGGAUUGGUAAUUUAGUUUUUUCUUUUCUUUUUUAAUUAUUGUUAUUUAACAUUCCACAUUGGCAUUGCUCAUAUUUAUUUGUAAUAUUUUUCUUUUUCUUUUGGGUUAUGGGUUAUUACUUAUUAUUAACCUCACUGUUCUCUUUCUUUCUUUUA